CACUGGAAGAUAGUACUUCAACUUCAAUCAAGUCAUCUCUCCGCAAUACAAGUCUUAGGAAAAAAAAAUGUUUAAAAGAUUUUUGCUUCCACACUAAAUCUGUAUUAUAAAUUACUUCUUACAAACGAUAAAAAGAUUAAUCAUUGGAUCCAUUAAUUUUUUUUUACACUUAAGAUGUAAAUGGUGAAUAGUGUGAAAAGUGCAAUCACAAAGGUCAGUGUAAUGUGAUGAUAUUCCAAUUGAAAAUAAAAUUCAGCUGACUCUUGUUUACAACGUCAUAGUUAUGUAUUCCUUUGAGGGAGAUUUUAGGCGAAAGCCUCAACAAAAUUUAGCUGGCGCCAGUGCUCAGCGUAAAACAGAUCGAGAUGCUUUGAUACUACAGACACAGCAGCAAAGACAGAAACGCGAGGAACAUCGUAGAAGACUGAAUAGUACAAUCAAAAUCCAAGCUUUUGUACGAAGCUACCUUACAAGGAAACAUUGCAAGCAAGUUGAAAGAGAGCAGUUUGAUACAAUAUUCCCAAGAGCCAAUCCCGAUGAUCAAAACAUAAUAACAUUGUUAGUAGCAAAGAUAUUAUUCUUUUACGAUGAUCGGAAAGAUUUUAACAGAUUGGUGUCUAUAUCACAGCUAUUAUUGAAGCAAUGGCAAAAAGUGUUUCAAAGUGGAGGCUCUUCAAUACAGAUCAGGCGGUUGCUUGCUUUACAUCUCCGAUUGCUUCAAAAUGAUUCAGAGGUUCCUUUGGCUGUGCCAUUGAGGAUGUUAGAGGUGUUCACAUCAACACAAUCUGCGGAAACAUCAAUGACUUGUGAAGAGGCUGUUAAUAUUAUUGGAGGAUCAUUUUUAUAUUUGAUCAAAAGAGGCUACUUUAAAGAUUUACGUAAUCUGAUGUGUCAACGCACACCACCUUUAUAUGGACCAUCACCGAAUCCACCCACCCCUUUGUGCGGCGCCUUGCUGGAUUUAAUCCAGAGACCGCUCAAUCUGACUGUCCAAAUUAAUACUUCACUAUAUGAAGAUACAGUUAUAACAGAGUUUGCGUCAACAUUCUUGUGCAAUCCGUAUCCGGAGCCUGUUGAGAUGUACAUCCUACCAGCGCUAGCACAGGACCGUAACAGUCCCUUCCCCUUCUUAGGACUUAUACGAUGUAUGCGGGAUGAACGUAAAUUUACUAGCGGAAAAUUAAUCAAUGACUCGUGGUUGUUACAUUCCAUUUUAUCAUUAGAACCUCCUGGAUUUGGUAAUCAGCUACGUAGUGUAGACAAUUCAAAACUUCCGAACAAUCCAAUUGUGUUAGAAUAUCUGAAGAUAUUAGCGAUGCUGACAGAGAAUGUGUGCAAUAAACAGAUAACAUAUGAAUAUGAAAAUUCAUUGUUCAGUCAGGAGACGGCAGCGGAUAAAGAUGAUGAUAGUGAUGAUGAGGUGGAACCCAACCCAACGUCAGUGAGGGAACAGACAUUGUUGACUAAAUGUAUAGAGAUGUUGAAUGAACCAGACAAUUGCAUCAUGAUGACAUGUUCCCAAAUCAAUGAAAAUGAACUCAGUGAGGACUUUUUAGAUUAUAUUUCCAAGAUAUGUCAUAACUUACUUUUGAGUCAUAAGAUGGCUCUACAUAAGUACCGGUUACUGUACACGCUGGCCUUCAAGCCGAUAUUCGUGCGCGGGCUGUGGCGCUGGCUGAGCGGCAUGUGCCAGGAGUCGCUGUUCGGCGGGCCCAGCACGGCGCUGCUGGCCGUGCUGUCGCGCGGCGUGGUGGCGCCCGGCGUGCAGCUGCUGCUGGCGCCGCUCGCCGUCUUCUGCGCGCUCUUCACGCUGCUCAUCGGCACGCUGCACGAUACGGAGUUCUUCAGGGAUACCGGAGACAAUGACACAUUCAAUUUCGAUUUGAGUAUACCAGGUCCGUCUGUGGGUCGCACACACGCGUUCGAGUUCUCCGAGCUGGGCGCGCUGUGCCGCGCGCUGCGCCAGCUCUGCCUGGGCCUGCUGGAGCUGGCCGUGCCCGACACCCGCCUCGCGCUCGCACUCUCCCCGUACAAGCAGCCCACGCAACAGCACACGCAGGAGUGGACACAUCUCUUCAAGGUGUGCACGCAGCUGCUGCGCACGCUGUACGCUCGCGACGAGCGGCUGCACUUCAGCACGGGCGGGGCGGCGGGCGGGCCGGGCGCGGCUGCUGGCGGCGCCAGCGCGGCCUGGUCUGGAGAACGAGAAGACGAUGCCACCGAGGUGGCGGCGCUGCUCGUCUUCGCACGCGCGCACAUCCGGGAUACCACGCCUCUAGUCGACACCACACGUAUUGUAAACAAUGAAGAGGGACCACCAUUCACGACAAAGGAAUUGAGGAUGCUGACUAUAUUAAAGGAGAUUCCUUUCGUCAUAUCGUUCUCCACCAGAGUCUUGAUAUUCCAAACAUUGCUACUUAGGGAAAAAAGUACAAAUUGGUUGCAAAAUUUUAACGAAGGCCCUUCAAUUAAUAUUAAUAUUAGACGGACACAUUUAUAUGAAGAUGCCUUUGAAAAGCUGAGCCCAGAGAAUGAACCCAAUCUGAAGCUGACUUUGCGCAUUCAGUUUAUUAACCAAGUGGGCGCGGACGAGGCCGGUGUUGACGGCGGCGGUGUCUUCAGGGAGUUCCUCUCAGAAUUACUAAAAUCAGCAUUCGAUCCUAACAGAGGGCUGUUUCGUUUGACCAAAGACAACAUGUUAUAUCCCAAUCCUGGAGUACACUUGCUGUAUGACGACUUCCCGAUGCACUAUUACUUCGUGGGGAGAAUGCUUGGAAAGGCGCUGUACGAGUGCCUGCUGGUGGAGCUGCCGCUGGCGGAGUUCUUCCUGAGCAAGCUGUGCUCGUCGCGCGAGCCGGACGUGCACGCGCUGGCGUCGCUGGACCCCGCGCUGUACCGCGGCCUGCUGCAGCUGCGCGCGCACGCCCGCCGCGACGUGCCCGACCUCGGCCUCGACUUCACCGUGCUCACUGACGACCUGGGCGAGCAGAGGACAGAGGAGUUGAAGCCUGGAGGUGCCAAUAUACCUGUCACAGCCGAGAAUAGGAUAGAAUAUAUACAUCUUGUUGCAGAUUACAAACUUAAUAGACAAAUAAGAGCCCAGUGCAACGCAUUCAAGCGCGGCGUGACGUCGGUGGUGAGCGCGGAGUGGCUGCGCAUGUUCUCCUGCCGCGAGCUGCAGCUGCUGGUCUCCGGCGCGGAGGUGCCCAUCGACAUCGACGACCUCAGGAAGAACACCAACUACGCAGGUGGUUUCUCUGAGCGUCACCCGACGGUGCAGGCGUUCUGGAAGGUGGUGGAAGGCUUCACCAACGACCAGCGCCGGCAGCUGCUGAAGUUCGUCACCAGCUGCUCGCGACCUCCACUACUGGGAUUUAAGGACCUGAUCCCGACGUUCUGCAUCCAGUCUGCGGGCGCGGCGGAGCGGCUGCCCACCGCCUCCACCUGCAUGAACCUGCUGAAGCUGCCCGAGUUCCGCUCCGAGCAGGCGCUGGCCGACAAGCUGCUCUACGCCAUACAGGCCGGCGCCGGCUUCGAGCUCAGCUAGUGCCGACAUGUGUACAGCGGGAGACGAGUGCAUCGUUUAUAUUAUAAAUAUACGUCAUUCUGCAACACAUUAGUGUACUGAGUGUAAAUCUCAUUGUGAUAAUGUUAAUUUUAUAUAGAGCCGGUUUUUGUGUAAAUAAAUAUUACCCGAAUUGCUC